CAAUCGAAGUAAACAAUUGUCCAUUUGCUUUCCGAUCGGAAUCGCCAUCGAUUCGCGGAAAGGACGCUGUCGCACAAGGGAGCACUAACGGAUACCCAGGAGCAAUAUGGCCAAGCUGGGAAGGAAAGUGGCAGAAAAUAAACGCAGGAACGGAGUUGCCGCUGAGAGCGAAAACGAGGAGAAGGAUCCGCAGGCAUCCAAUGAGAACACCGGGUCCUCUAGCACCACACGUCGAUUAUCCAAGAAGCCGGCCAACAAACGGAAGGCUUCACUGAUAGUGGUCUCUGGAACCGAAGACAGCGAUGACCAGACCUCCAACUCCAACGCCGCGGAUGUAUCAACUCCAAGGAACAAGCGCAAGGUGGGCAGGGCUAGGAACGUCACCAAUUCGGCCAUCAAAAAUGGUAAGAAGAACGUUAUAGAGGAUUCGGAGGACGAUGUCAAUGAUUCGGACUCGGUGGACGUGAGUGCCGAUGGCUCGUCAAAGAAGCCGGGGAUCAAACGCAAGACACGACGAUCAGUGCGCACUGCCACCGAAGAUAGCGAUGGUCUGCCCACCACAUCCAGAGCCGCCGCAGAUGCAUCUAGUCCAAUCAAGAAGCGCAAGCUGGGCAGGGCUAAGACUGCUUCCGCCAAAAAUGGCAAGAAGGCCGCUGACGAGGAGUCGGAGGCCGAUGACGAUGUGGACAUGGAUGAUGACAAAUCAGCCCCACCCCAGAAGGUUGCAGCAAAAUCGAAGACCACGCAAAAUGUUAAAAAAAGCAAAGGACGAGGUCGAACGACCGCCGGUACCAAGAAAGUCGAUGCUCCAACCGAUCCUGAAAAGCAAUGGGAAGUGGAAAAAAUAAUUGAUCAUGUAGUCACCAAGGAGGGCGAUAUGUUUAAGAUUCGAUGGAAGAAGUAUGGACCCCAAGAUGAUUCCUGGGAGCCAAGGAAAAAUCUGGCGUGCAACGCAUUAAUCGAAAAGUUCAUGAGGGAAAUAAUAACCCAGAAGAACGUUGAUGUCAAAGAGCUGCGCGAAUCGCCAAAAAAGACUGAGCGACUAGUCGAUGAAUGUUAUCCCAGGACCAAUCUACACAAUCGUAUUGAACGCUCCUCGAAGCGGUCUGCCGCCAAAAACCGCAUUUUUUACGGCGAGGAUUGAGGAAAGGCAACGGCCCCGCCUUCUUGAAGACAUCGUCUUCUUUUUUUUUUUGGUUGACAUAGAUUCUAAGGACCUAAUGACCGGUGUACGUGGAGAGGUGACCCAAGGCGGAUCUAGUUGAAUUUUAAGAAACUCUUUCCCCAUUCGUUCUUGGUUUUAAAAAUGUUGGCGAAGCCAAAUCACCUCGUGUCCACAAUGCUGACGAUUGGCAGGCACAUCUACGGCAACACAAUACAAAAUAUAUAAUUCGGAUUUUAGCACAUAAGUAAGGACUGGCGAAGGAUGGCAGCACAGUGCAUAUAUGUAGUAUUAUAACUGGUUUUGCUGCACUCAACCAGCGUAGAAUGUAAGCCUGAAUAUCUGUAGCUUUAGUGGUAUACUUUGAGUAAUUGAUGUCCAUAUUGGCCAAUUGUCGCAGCUGAAAAUAGCCUCUUAACUACUCUUCCAAUCAUCUCAAUUCAUAAUAUACGUUCAUACGUACGUAUGCAAUAGUACACACCAAGUAAUAACAUAAUAAGUAGCAAGGGAACUUUGCCGUUUCUACUACAGAAAAAAAUCAUUAAAUGUAAAAAACCC